AUUAUUGCGUUAAAAAACACGCUGCAUGCGUUUGUGUUUUGAUAAUAAUAAAGCAAUGGUUUUCAUCACACCUUUUCCUCGAGAUAGCUGCUGGUGGAAAUGUAAUCUGGCCAAUUUGAUUUAAAGGGGCACUGGCAGCCAUGUUGGCAUGUUCGCAUUCACUUCUUUAGUUUUUUAACGUUUUCCGCAUGCGCUAUGUUGCCAAUAAACGUUUGCAGUGGCAUCAAAACAUGUGUAUAUUAAAAUCCAAAUGUGAUCAACUUUAAGGUUCAUGCGUUAAUGUUCCCCGUCCACAUUAGCACAUCCGCUAACGCAGCCUUUCAUGUUAUGUAGCGACAUUACACGGAUCCGCGUUAUAUUUUACCACGAUUUAGGGGGAAAUAUAAUUGUUGUUUUUUUACACGAUUGAACGUUUUUCCUCAUUUGUUACUUAUACGAUAUUUAAAUUAAGCCGUACGUGUAAAUAAACACAAUAUGUUCGUAUCGGGUUUAUUUUAUCACGAAAAUGCUAGCAUGCUAAUGUUAGCCGGCUGAUGCAGGCCCUGUAAGAACAAGGGAAACUUAAGGAUGCUGGAGCAGAACAAUGGAUUUCUCCUUCUCUUUCAUGCAAGGGAUCAUGGGAAACACAAUUCAGCAACCCCCUCAGCUUAUUGACUCAGCCAACAUCAGACAGGAAGAUGUCUAUGAAGCCAUCAGUGACCCAGGAGAUGACGGUGGGCAGCAAAACUAUGAGUCUCCGUUGGAGUCUGGCUUUUCUUACCCUGCUGAAGACCUCCCAGUUAUAACAAACGGUUACCCGACGGGCGUAGGCUCCUAUGAGCAACAGGCUAAAUUCGCCUUGUACUCUCAGUUCCCCAAUGGCUCGGCGAACGGUUACGGUGCCAUUCGAAACUAUGGCGAUCAUGGCUUGCUGCUCGGCGAGGGUACGGUAUUGAGGCAACCGGUGGUCCAGGAGAAGCCUCAGACACACAUCUCGCCUCCGCCGCACCCCCAUCAUCACCACAACCAGCCGCAUCAUCCUCAACAUCAGCACCAUCAGCAACACCUCCCACAUAACCCGCCUCUGUUACCUCACCACCAUCACCCACCCCCUGCUUCCCACCUUAUGCCCCAAGUCUUACCGCCUCCUCCUCCCUUGCUCCUGCCCUCUUCUCCACCCCUCUUGUCACCUCAAGACAGCAGUAUUUCCAACCCCAUCACACAAGCCAACACCACUCCAAAAAAGACUAGCUCGCCAGAGAUCAAGAUAAAGAUCAUUAAGACGUAUCAGAACGGCAGGGAGCUGUUCGAGUCCGCUCUAUGCGGGGAUCUGCUGCAGGAGGUUCAGGCUGGUGAGGCUUCGAGGAAAAGACAUGAGCAGAAGAAGGAGAAAAGGAAAAAGAGAAGCAGCAGACAUGUUGUUUUUCCGGAAGAAGAUGGCCAGCAACCAGGCAAAGGUGUGGAGGAAAGAUCAGGGAUGGUCCAAUGCUCUGCACAGGUUAAUGAAGGUCACGUUGCAGCAAGAGAAGAACAACCUCCGACCCUCAAAGACUCCAAAGCAGAACCCCAGGAACAGAAAGUUGAAAAGCACUUUCCUUCGGUUAUCACUAGCACUGGCUCCUGCAAAAUGUAUGAUAUUGGUGACUUGGUGUGGGCAAAGGUUGGAACUUAUCCUUGGUGGCCUUGUAUGGUAUCAUCAGACCCACAAUCAAAUGUUCACACACGUAUUAAUACAAGAGGUCUUCGGGAAUACCAUGUGCAGUUCUUUGGAAGCGUUCCAGAGAGGGCCUGGGUCAAUGAGAAACGAACAGUGGUGUACCAGGGUGAAAGCCAGUUUGAUGAGUUGCAAGCAGAAACUCUACGGAAGACCACUAACCCAACAGAGAGGCAAAAGCUCCUGAAGCCCCAGUCUCAGAAAGAGCGUGCUCAAUGGGAAGUAGGCGUUGGCCAUGCGGAAGCCGCUUUGUUAAUGACACGAGAGGAGCGCAAUGAGAACUACACCUUCAUAUACAUAGACAAGGAACCCGGUGCUGCUGCUGCUGCUGCUGCUGCUGCUGCUGCCGCCGCCACCGCUGCCGCCUCCGCCACCACCGACACUGUGACCUCACCUAGGGCGACCGGAAAAACACGCCCUGAACGAAAGCAGAGACGCUCCAGAGGCAGUACUGGAGCAAAAGAGGUGGCUAUACCUCGCCGCCAGCAGCCGCGGAGGCAAUGCAGCAUCACUAGUCUCGAGGAACCAUCUUCUCCAAAUCAGGAACAAGAUGAGCAACCACACAGUCCUCCAGAACCAGAAGCACGAGAACCCUCUCCACCUCCUGUCAGGACACCAUGGAGGACUGCUGCAGCCCGCAAGCUCCUCCCACUUUCCAUCACUAUGAAAAAACUCAAUGUAGAGAUCAUAAAGUGUGACUGGCAGAUCCCGAAACAAAAUCUGGACAUUCCAAAGAAGGUAGAGAGCGAGGAGAGGCCUGGCGAACAGGUUCGGUCACCUGAGGGCUCCAGUGAUAAAGCCGAGGCGGAGACAUGUUCCAGUGAAGAGGAACGGGCCGUGUCUCCCGCAGCCUGGAGUGACCAGGAGAGCGCGGAUCGCGCUUCACCAGCAGAGCAGUCCUCAGAGCCUUUAGAGAGAAAACUGCAGCGUAGAUGCGUGCGAAGCCGCUCCGAGUCGGAGAAGAGCGUGGAACCUGUGCCAAAAAAGAAAGUGAAGAAAGAACAGAUGGAAACCGCACCUCAAAUGGAUUUUAAAACGGGGUCACAAAAAGGGGCCAGUGAGAUCUCCGAUUCAUGUAAACCAUUAAAGAAACGCAGCAGGGCAUCUACAGAUGUGGAGAUGGCCAGCUCUCUGUACAGAGACACAUCAGACUCUGACUCCAGAGGUCUUAAUGAUCCACAGUCUGCAUUCGGCAAGCGUUCGGACAGUCCUGCUACGGUGGAUGCUGAUGGCUCAGACGCUCAGUCAGUGGACUCCAGUCUGUCUCGUCAAGGGGGAAGUACUUCAAAAAAGGAUACAGUUUGCCAUGUUUGUGAAACUUUUGGGGAUUCACUGGUGAGCUGUGAGGGAGACUGUAACAGACUAUUUCAUCCAGACUGUAUGGGAUCCAACAGUGGGGGAGAGGGAGAGCUCAUGUGUCAAGAGUGUAAGACGGGGUCCCACAUCUGCUUUUCUUGCAAAACGUCAGAAGGUGAAGUAAAGCGCUGCUCUGUGAACGGCUGUGGCCGCUACUACCACGACACCUGUGCACGCAAACACGUCGGCACCAUCACCGACACGAAAGGUUUCCGUUGCCCGCAGCACAGCUGCGCCACAUGCUGUCUCGACAGAGACCUUCACAAAGCUAGCAAAGGUCGCAUGAUUCGUUGCAUCCGGUGCCCGGUGGCCUAUCACACAGGAGACGGCUGUGUGGCGGCUGGAAGUGUUUUGAUAACACCCCACAUCAUCAUAUGUAGCAACCACUCCAGUUCAAGGAAGAACGGACACUUUUCCUCACCUGUAAACGUAGGCUGGUGCUUCAUCUGCGCUCGAGGGCUUUUAGUGCACGACCAUACUGACCCCAUAUUAAGUUCAUAUACCUUUAAGUCGCACUACCUUCUGACUGAGUCAAAUCGUGCUGAGUUGAUGAAAUUACCUAUGAUUCCUUCUUCUUCGUCAGCUACCAAAAAGAAUAUUGGGAAAGGAGGAAGAUUGUUGUGUUGCGAGGCCUGCCCUGCCUCGUUCCACCCCGAGUGUUUGAAAAUGGAGAUGCCCGAAGGGACGUGGCUGUGUGGGGAAUGCAGAUCAGGCAGAAAACCCCACUAUAAGCAAAUAGUCUGGGUCAAGCUGGGCAACUACAGGUGGUGGCCAGCUGAGAUUUGCAACCCACGCCUGGUUCCCUCAAACAUUCAGAGCCUGAAGCAUGACAUUGGUGACUUUCCAGUCUUUUUCUUUGGAUCCCAUGACUACUACUGGAUUAACCAGGGCAGAGUUUUCCCAUAUGUCGAGAGCGAUAAAAACUUCGCAGAAGGGCAAGUUGGCAUCAACAAAACGUUUAAGAAAGCGCUUGAAGAGGCAGCGAAGAGGUUCCAGGAGCUCAAAGCACAGCGGGAAACCAAGGAGGCGCUCGAACAAGAGCGCAGCUCUCGCCGACCCCCACCAUACAAACUAAUCAAGUCCAAUAAGCCUGUGGGCAAGGUGCAGGUGCACGUGGCAGAUCUGUCUGAGAUCCCCCGCUGCAAUUGUAAACCCACAGAUGAGCGCCCGUGCAGCCAGGACUCACAAUGCCUGAAUCGGAUGCUGCAAUACGAGUGCCACCCACAGGUCUGUCCCGCAGGGGACCGCUGUCACAACCAAUGCUUCUCCAAACGCUUGUACCCUGACACUGAGGUCAUCAAGACCAGUGGCCGCGGAUGGGGCCUGAAAACCAAGCAGGACCUCAAGAAGGGUGAUUUUGUAAUGGAGUACGUCGGGGAACUGAUCGACUCGGAGGAAUGCAAACAACGAAUAAGACAUGCCAAUGAAAACCACAUCACGAACUUUUACAUGCUGACCCUCACGAAGGAUCGUGUGAUAGACGCCGGUCCCAAAGGCAACUUGUCGCGCUUCAUGAACCACAGCUGCAGUCCGAACUGCGAGACUCAGAAGUGGACGGUGAAUGGCGACGUGCGCAUAGGGCUCUUCACUUUAUGUGAAAUCGCUGCUGACACUGAGCUGACAUUCAAUUACAAUUUGGACUGUCUGGGUAACGGAAGGACAUCGUGCCACUGCGGGGCCGAGAACUGUAGCGGUUUUCUUGGAGUCAAGCCCAAGAGUGCAGUGGUGAUGGAGAGGGAAGAGAAGGUGCGCAAUGCCAAACUCAAACCCAAGAAGCGUAAACUAAAGGCGGAGAGCAAACAGACCCAUGAAUAUUUCUGCUAUUGCUGUGGAGAAGGAGGAGAGCUGGUUAUGUGUGACCGAAAGGAUUGCCCGAAGGCAUAUCAUCUCAUCUGUCUCAACCUGACUAAACCACCUUACGGGCGAUGGGAAUGCCCAUGGCACCACUGCAACGUGUGCCAGCGCGGCGCGUCCUCUUUUUGCCACUUCUGUCCCGCCUCCUUUUGCCGAGAACACGAAAGAGGGCAGCUGGCGGUGUCUGCCAUAGACAACCGCCCCUGCUGCUCAAACCAUGACCCCCAGAGACCCUUAGGACCUCAGGCCAACCCCAGCCAGGUCAUUGUAAAGAAGGAAUCCCUCGCACCCACAGAGGAAACCGGUGAGGAUGGGGAGGGUGCUGAAGAUGAUGACGAUGAUGAAGAGGGGGUGGACAGAGAGUGACUGGGCGAGAGCAUCGAGGAGAAACGAGGGCUACAAGAAGCUGAAAACCACAUCGAAGUACAACAAUGGUGAACCGUAUCCACAUGCAGCUAGCUGGUUCGUGUUUCGGUUGAAAGAAAGUGAACUUAUUGAUAUUCAUUCCAAAUACACAGCAAGCAACUGGUAUGAUUUUUAACACGUCACAAUGUCAAAUUCACACGGAGCGCAUAAGCGAUUCACGUCUGGUUUUCUAAACAACUUUCACAGCAACCUGAAACCUGUUAAGCCACACCUCCACAUCUACGGUACUCGGACACUCUAUAAACACUUUAAACCAAGACCUUUAUUUAUGUACCUCAUGUAAAUAGCAAAGACUGUUGUAAUGCGUGUCGGGUGAAAUCAUUCACCCCUCGCCGCCCGUAGGACUCCACUACAUCAGUUUUUUGUGGUAACGUUUAAAAGCGAGAGUCGAUCGAAAGACUACAAGUAAGGUUUGUUAAACUGCCACCCCAUUCCAGUGAGUUUGUGAUUUGUAAGAUAUAUAACCAUUAAUAUAUUUAUGUCGAUGUUUACAUCCAUUCACAAUGUACAGUAUUAUUCAUCCGUAUUAGUCGAUUUGAUAUCACUUAUCGUAUUGUUGUAUAUGUGCCCUUUUCGUCAGCAGAAUUACAUUAUUGCUUGGCCGGUACCGUAUUGCCAUUUAUCUUUCGGUCAUUUAACGUAAAGAGACACCAUCGUUCGAAAUAAUAAUAAUAAUAAGUGUUGAGAAGAGAUCAUUAUUGACGUCUCCAAACGGUAACGUUUGUUGGUGUAGUGUCGUCUCAUAUUCUGCCACAUGUAUUCCAACACUGCCAUGUCUCUCUUAAAUCAAAUAUUUACCAGUGUGAGUAUUGAACAGGUGCCAGUGUAAAACCAAUUACAAGGAAUUCAUAUAAUGUUUCAGAGCCGAGCUAGUUGUGAGACUGUGAGUACAAUCUUAAAACACGUUCUUCAUGUUUCGCAUUUGUGUUGCCAACAACAUGCAGGUGUAAAUAUAUUCAAACACGCUGUUCUUUUAUUUCCCGUGAUGUAUUCACGCAUCGUCAUGCUGUACAAUAUAGACUUAAGGUAUCGAACCGUACCUUAACCACACACACUUUAAUUUCUGGUUAAACGGCUCGUUGUUUAUAGCAUCUUUCUUGUAUUACGUUUUGUUGUAAUGACAUACGCUACUAAUAUGCUAAAAGCGAACGGCUGUCAUAUAACGUGGUCGGAUGAAAGGCGAGUGUGUAGCAUAAUCCUCUCUGUGACUUCUACUUGAUGUGAAUCUACUCAAUAGCUAAAACCUUCACCACGCCUGUGUGUUACGAUGUCUUGAGAUCCGCUCAAUUUUGAACUGAUCAACUGUAAAGUACCGUUACUUUGUUACUGGUAGCUGUGCAGUCGUGCUGUGCCGCAGUUUGCACGGAUGGAAGAAUUGAUCUUACUGACUUCAACACAUGGGCUUUGUACUUGCCCAUUAGUCAUAUAAAUAUAAAUAUAUAUAUACGUUUCACAUGAACGUUUUUAUAGAUCACAGUACAAGUAUUAUAUGUGAUGGCACCACAAGUUUGUCACUUUAUGAAAUGGAGGGAAGGUGCUGCACAUUUUAGUUUACUUUAGUUUCGGUUUCUGUAUUGUUCUUCGUGUCAAAACUUUGAGUGUUGUUGGUGGAUAUGCAAGACUCUUGGAAUUUGGAUUGGAUUGGCGACGGCGAAUUUACUCAAUUUUUGACUGCCAAACUGAGAUUUUUGUAUGUUUAUGGAAAUACUGUAUGCUCUUACUUGCAACUGCAUCUUUUUUUUAGGUUAAAGUGUGGAAGACAAAUCGGGUGUCCUCUUUAUAUUCGUGUUUCUCUCAUUGUAUUUUUUUAUAGUUUGCAUUUAUUUUUAUAUAUCUUUUUCAUUUUUAGAGACCGUAGGCACUUUUCUUUCUAAAAUAUCUGCCCUUAUGUGUAUAACGAAAAUAUGAAGAAAAUGCAGUUUGGUGAGACUUCUUUCUCACCUGGUUACAAUCGAUACUGGUUAUACUUUUUUUUAGUUUGGCCUUGUUUUAUUUUAUUUUCCAACUGACAUCCCUCAGUUGUGGAUUUAAUGGACAUUUACUUAAUUUACAGUGCCAUUUUUUUGUGUGCAGUGGCUUAUUCACUGAUUUGCCUGUUGAUUGAUUUGUCGCUAUAUCUAUUUUGCUGCAUCAGAUGUUGAAAGUGUGUUACCUCCAUUGAUUCCAGUGUUUGGUGUCAGUGCACUGUACGUUGUGUACAUUUUUAUGUGUAUUUGAAGGUGUCAUAUUCAUUUUGUGCUAUCCAAGCAUGUUGUUUGUGUUGCUUAACUAAAUUUACUACCGUAUUUGGUUUUAUGUACUGAUUUCACAUUCCUUUUUAAAUAGACCGUUUACUAAUUCUUGCUACUGAGUUACAGAGUUUGUGUAAAGGUUAGUGUGUUAAUGUAAACUUUUCACCAUGCGCAUUGAAUCCGAUUACACACUCCAACUUGAAUAAAACGUAUCCUAAAUGAUAUGGCUUGGGUAGAAUGUAUGUCCUCUCCAAGUUUUUUAAUUAUGAUAUAUUCACGAAUAGAGGCUUCUUUGGCUAUGUCAUGUAGCCUAUGUCAUUGCAUUGUGUAAGGGAAUGAUGCUUGAUCAAUUGUAAAUAGCUGGGGAAAAAAACUCAAUUGUCAUUAUAUUGUAGUGUCAUAAGAAUGCUGUAAUAUUGCUUCUGAAUGUUUGUGAACGUAGAGACAUUUUGUACAUUUCUUUUCUUGUAUUUUUUUGUUUGACCAACUUUUGAGAUAUGUAUUUCUUCAGAAUUCAUAAAUUAUUCUGAGAGUACUUUAAGCGACAUUCCACAGAUUUAAACGUUUUCAGACUUGCCUGAUUUGACUUCAAUAAACUGUAAUGAAUGUUCA